AUUGCGGGCGCUGCUUUUCAUCUGACGCAUCAAAGGCUCAUUUCGCUCGUGGCGCUGAGAAUGGAGUGAUCUCGCGCUCUUCUUCACCUGCACAUCUGAAGCUGUUUUUUUCUACCCAUAUCAAUCAAACCAUUGCCAUGAAAAAGAGCAAACCGAUUACGCUGGACCGGCGUGAUAUUAAUUCCCUGCUGGAUGUUAUCGGUCGCUACGGUGCUGUCGUCGCCGCGGGAAUCAUUGCCAUGCUGUCGGUGUGCGCGGCGUUCUUCAUUUACCGAUCCGUUAGAGGUCAACGCGGGAAGUGUGAAGAGAAUAACGGGAAGGAAACGGCCUCAACCACUGAAGAACGGAGCUCAAGGGAAGAUCAACCAACCGAGUCAACAGGAGAACAUCAGGAGGGAAAACAGAAGUGUUCCAAUGAAUCCAGAGGCAAUAUUGACCUCUCAGCCACCAACAGCAUUCUCUUUCCUACUGAGGAAGACCUGAAUGAAACCGCUCUCAAGGACCUGGAAGAAAUUACAGAUGAGCUCCUAACAGAAUUGGAACCAAAAUUGGGAGACAAAACCGAUUCUGAUCUGCAUCAGUGCAUGGAAAUGGAUUCUGACGAUAAUACUGAAUGUGAGGAUCAUUUUCAACACAAGGAUGACGAUGACGGAUGUGAGGAAGAUGCCUAUAAGCUUUUGGCUGAUGUGAGUUUACGGUCCAUCCAAUGUGAGGCCAGUGACUCUGUUGAGUAUCUUAGAGAUCUUGGCGACUCUGAGACAGGGCUGAGUGGAGAUGCAGAUGAGCCAUCUGAAACUGAAAGUGCUCAGGAGAUCAUUGAUCAGAGACAUCAAGAUGUCCCUACUUGUAAACCAAAGGAAGAUUUGCUAGAUCAAGCCUUCACUAAUCAAAACAAUUCUCCUUCAGACCAAGCGGGGGAUGCAUCGAAGCAUAGUAAGAGCCGAUUUGAGGCAGACAACAAAACUGUGUCAACGGUGGGGGAGAACUCAAUCAAGAAGCAUGAAGAUCAUCAUGAUUGCCAUUUUCCACAGACAAAUGACUUUGAUUGCUGUUGCUAUGAUAAGAAGACCAAUAUGGAGGACAAAAUUAAAAACCAGUCAUGGUUUCACAGUGGAAGCUACCCCGUAGAUGCCAUGGGAAAUCACCAACAACACCACAGAAACGGGUUAGACUACCACAACGAGCCCUUACACCAGAACUUCCUGGGUUACCACACUGGUACCUUCAUCGAUGGAUCUUCCGCACAGGUUGGCAUCUCAAGCGAGUCCAGUGAAAAGAAAGCGGAUGAGAAAGGUGCAUCAAUGGCAAAAAAACAUAAGAAUGAGAUUAGUAUCAUGGAUGCCAUUAUGGACAAUAACGAGUGGCAAAAUGUAGGUGGGCCAGAGUUGCGAGAUCUUCCUUGGAUAACGCCGGCUGCAACUUGUUCUUCAUCAUCCAUUGACGAAAAACUCGCAGAAAAAGAAAAUGAGUUGGAAACAACUGUCACACUGGGGCAAGCCGACACCAGUUUAGUCAAAGAAGAAGGCUUGGUAAACAGAAGAGUAGCGACUGUUCCGCACUUGCCACAACCGUUUAACGUCACCUUCAGGAUUCACUUCAUCACGUAUUCUCCGAGCCAGCUGGUCGCUGUUACUGGGAACCUGCAGGAGUUGGGGGCCUGGGAGAGCUUUGUUCCACUCCACAGAGCCAAGGAUGGGUUCUGGGCCAACACCAUCACCCUCCCCAUGGAGAGCCAGCUGGAGUGGAAGUUCGUCCUGGUGGAGGAUGGAAAGAUCUGCCGCUGGGAGGAGUGUGGAAACCGCCAUCUUGUUUUAACAAGCCAAAUUAAUGAGGUCUAUCUUGAUAAGUGCUGGGGGUGUACUUGACCUCAGAGGUGACUGUCUCCUUCCACCCGUUAUAUAGCAAUAAUAAUCCAUAGUGCAUUAUUGAAAUCUGGUAUGUAAAUUUAUAUUUUAAUAUUUUUGAUUGUUUAAAGAAUUAUUCCAGAAAGCAUGAGGCUGUGGAACUGUUACUAUAGCAAUAAGAUUAUACAAUUACAAAUAUGCAUUUUUUAACUUUAAUAAAGGAUGUGCUUAUGUGUUGAUUGAA